CGCCAAGGUCCCGCUCCGACAGUGAUCAGGCUUAUUCGCAUAUCAUCCUUGUUACGGUCUGGAUAUAUAUAUAUAUCUCUUCUCUUGGUUAACGCCGUGCUGCUUGACAUUUGCUACACUCUACAUCACUCUGCUUGUAUGAAUCAGGCUGAAGGACAUAUUUCUGAAAUAUAACCACUGCAUCCAUCAUAUUCUUGUUGCUGUCUCAUCCGUACUCUCUACCAACUGCCUCGCCGUCAUCAUGACUGGACUCGUGUCUGCGCCUCGUUACAGCGCAGAUGACUUUGAUACAGCCUCGAUUCGCUCUGCGGCUCCUUCAUAUGUCUCGGAGGUGCCCUCGUACCGUUCCAGGACUACAUAUAACGAGGCCUCUCCGGCAUAUACGCCAAGGGUAACAACUACACCGACGACAACGACAACAACUGCAGCAGCAGGGCCGUCGCAGAGGAUUUUCUCGGGAGCAUCAAGCUCCCUGGCUGGAAGACAGACAAUCGGGCUACCACCGCUUCCUCCAUUGGCUUCACCGAGGGUCCUAAGCGAACAUAGUUUCCGUAUCCCUACAUGGUCAGCUGGCAAUGCUCCAGCAGCCCGUCACUACCGCAAGGUCGCAGAGAGACGGGUCAUUGAUGGACGAAUCCAAGCUGCGGCUGAAGUGAUUGGUAUCACUGCCUCCACGAUUAACAGGCAGAAUGAGAGCAACGAACCUCCUAUUCUCCGUCCGCUGGAGGAUCCUUAUUUGGUGGGUGAGCAAGCUGCUGCUGAAGCCCGCCAGCAGAGGAUAGCCCGCGAGGUUGGUGAGGAUAUGUUGAGGGAGGAAGAUAAGCAAUGGGAUUGGAUGUUGGCUCAGAUGAAGCGGCAGGAACGCGAUAGGAACUGGACCCGACUGCGACAAGAAGCAGUCAACACCCGGCGGAAAACGUUACUUCGACGAAUUGGCGGACGGCUACUAUAAUGACGAUUUGGUCUACCAUCUACCAUCUACCAUCUACCUAUCUUGUUAACCAUGUUAACCACGCUAUCAUAGUCUUUUUUCAGGAGUUGACAUUAUAUGGGAUUUACUUACAAUUAUUUACCUUACUUACACCUACCAAAGGCAGGUCACAUCUGUGUAUAUUCAGUCUCUUGAAGGAAUAUUCUCACGUAUCUUGUACGGGAAAUGUGGUAGUAACAUAUCGUUUAUCUA